AUGCAGCACGGCGGCAGAACUGUUAUCGAAAAGAUAUUCAAAAGAAACGAUUACGCACCCCGUGACCUUCCACCCACAUUAGCUAGACGGAUGCUCUUCUGCCUCGCCACUGUGAAACAUGCCUUUGACAACGCUGCCGACGGCAAGCACUACCUCAACCAUGACGACCUGGAGGUGUUCUUCAUCGAACUCUUCGGUCAGCGACCAUCCCAGCGUCUACUGACACAAAUUUGCGACGCUUUCGACGUCAAAUCAGCCGGCACUCCAGUGGGUGUUUCUCUGCCCAAAAUUAUAGACUUUGUAAAGGACGAAUUGAGCUGCAAUCUGGAUUCUCGGGAGGGCCCGAGGGAUGAAGAAUAUCUAGCUCUAUUUCAGGCACUUGACUCCAGAGGCAGCAACUUUAUCACUCUAAAAGAUUUGGUUGGAAGAGCAAAUUGUCGAGUUUUGCGAGGUUGUCUGCGCUUUGCGUUUAGGUUAUUUGACAGCGAUGGCGAUGGACGAGUCUCAUAUCGCGACUUCAUUGAGGGCAUUCAAGCGGGGCGAACAGCGCAAUCCUUUGGACUUUAG